ACGAAAACAAUUCAAUUCAUUUCCAUUUCGAACUCUAUACAAAAAGUAAUGGAGGAAAAUGGAGAAUGGUUUAGAUGUCGCAGAUGGGAGUAAAAAUAAUGGAGACAGCACGGGAAGGAUUGACCUGAGAAAGCUAGGAGGAAUUUUAACCUCUAUAGGUAGAGGUCAGAGGUAUGAUGCAGAAAAUGAAGAUUCAUUUUUAGAAAAGGCAAAGCUAAAGAGCAAAGCUAAAGUUGUCAGCGCUUGGAACAACGUGAAAUAUGGUUUCAAUGUGCCAUACAAGCCAUCAUUGCUGGAAGAUUCUCCAGUCUGGUUUUUAGGAAAAUGUUAUGACAAGAGAAGGCUAGAUGAUGUUGACUAUUCCAGACAAAAGGAGAAGUUCCAAAUAUGUGAUAUUGAUGGAUUUUUUGAGGACUUUGGUGCAUUGAUUUGGUUGACAUACAGAAAAGAGUUUCCCCAACUUCAAAAUUCAACAUUAACUUCUGACUGUGGAUGGGGCUGCAUGCUCCGAACAGGGCAGAUGAUUCUAGCUAAUGCACUUCUUAUGCAUUUUUUGAGAGAUGAUUGGAGAAAAACUGGGAAAUUAGGACAUAAUGUAAUGGAUUACCAUUACAGGAUGAUCCUCAGAUUUUUUAACGAUGAAGAAAGUGACUUUAGUCCAUUCUCACUACACCAACUAGUUAGAAUCGGAGAACAAAAUGGGCAUAAAGCUGGUGAUUGGUAUGGUCCAUCAAGUGUUGCCCACAUUUUAAGUACCGCAAUGAAGAAUGCAGUGCAUCCAACAUUAGAGGGUGUUUGUGUAUAUGUUUCACAAGACUGUACUGUGUAUAAAGAGGAUGUGAUUAACCUGGCAACUGAAUGUAGGUGUUGUGAGAGCAAGGACUGCAAUGAUAAAAUGUGGAGAGCAGUUUUAAUCUUAGUUCCAGUCAGGCUUGGAGGAGAAGGACUGAAUUCUAUUUACAUACCUUGUAUUAAGGGUUUAUUAACACUGGAUCACUGUAUUGGAAUAAUCGGUGGUCGUCCAAGGCACUCAUUGUAUUUUGUAGGAUUUCAAGAAAAUAAGUUCCUGUACUUAGACCCUCACUAUGUUCAACCGAUGGUGGACAUGUCAAAAAAUGAUUUUUCAGUAGAUACUUUUAGAUGUCCGUACCCACGAAAAAUGGGAAUCAGAAAGAUGGAUCCAUCUUGCUGCAUUGGUUUUUAUUGUAGAAAGAGAGAAGAUUUUGAUGCGUUCUGCAGGGAAACGGUUGAGGUAUUGAAACCGCCAAUGCAACGCACAGAAUAUCCAAUUUUCAUUAUUUGUGAAGGCUCAAAACCUUCAACGGUAUUGGAUACGCCUGAUGGCAAACGGAUGAAUUAUGUUACUCGUACAAAGGUAGGCUCGUUUAGCAUUGAAGGGGACACGCGAAGCAGGACUCAGCGAGAGACCCUAGGGCAUUCAGAUCAUAGAAAUCAUGGACAGAAACAGCCUCGAAGAAAGCAGAGAAGUAGGGAAGCUGACCUGAGUGAAAGACGACAAAGAUAUAGCGAGGAAUAUUUUGUUGUUGAUUAGGAAAGAUAGCUUUCAAUAUCGAAUGUCAGCCCUUUUAUAAGUAUGUUUAUCUUCCAGGGUAUAGAUUACAUUUGGUUGAUAAAAAUCCAGUUGAUUUGUGUACACUGUAAAAUUAUUGUAAGAUAUAAUGGAACACUUUUGGUUUAUUGAAAUGAUAUAUUCAAUCAUACAAGACCUCUGACAGAGGCUGAAUCACGUGCAGAGCAAAGCCAUAUGCAAAAGCUUAUGAUAAUUCCUCAAGACUUGAUCCUGCAUGGGUCGAUCUUUAGCCGAGGAGCAAAUAUCUAGUUUUAGGAAAGUGCUUGAGAAAUUAGUGAAAUUAGUGAAAUUAGAAAUUACCUUUCUACAGUAACUGUUAAUUACAAAGAUUGAAACGAAAAUGCCUCUUUGAUGUUUUAAGCCCGACGUUGAAGCCUAUUGAAAGCCACUAUUCAAGCAGAUCCUUUGCUCUGCUGUCUUUUUCUAAGACAAAUUUUACGUCGAAAAAAAGUCAACAUUUUAUAUGAAGCAGCAGAUCCUUGUUAUUUAAUUGUUUUUUGAGAGUUGCUGAUAUUUCAAAGAAUAUUUCUAAAUAUGCGUUGAUUACAUUUCAGUGCUAGCAAAAAACCUUAAUUUAUAUCAUUUGCGAAAUAAUUUGCUUGAUUUCAAUCAUGUCACAGUUGACGUCAUAAUUUCAAAUUUGUAUUUAAUUUUUUGUAGAAAGCAGUUUGGCCAUUUUUUGUAUAAAGGUUGUUUUGCCAAAACUCUGACAUCAAUAAUUUAAGUUUUGGUAGAAUAAAAGUUUGAUUAAAACAAAUACAAAUUUGAUUAGUGA